CAAAAAAAAAAGAAAAAGAGAACCAGCAACAAUUGAAAACUGCGUAGAAUAAAAAAAAAAAGAAAAAAAAAGAAAAAAUGAGGAAGGUUCCCGAUCUUUCUCUCCUUGGAGUUCCCUCCCCCCAAUUCCGAUCAUCACCACCAUCCGCAUCUUCACCAUCACCUCCAGUUUCGAUCUCCAUCUCCAGUAGCUAUAGGUUUCUUCAUCCAUUUCACUCCAUCACCGGAAAUCCAUCUCCAGAUCUGCUUGUCUCCGUCCCAUAGCAGUUGUAGGCCAUAGAUCUAGGGGUUUUUGAGGAGUGGAGAAAAAAGAGAAUUUCUCUCUUUGGCGGAAGAGAAAGAAGUAGAGGAAGAAAGUUGAGUAGGGAUA